UUUUUUUUUUUUCUGAAAUCCAAUAUUCGACAAUGAGACGGGAUACAAAAUUCCGGUGUUUGGUUUUAUUGAAUUCUUGGACCCAAACAGACAGAACAAAAAUUCUUAUCCACAAGCCAAGCCAAGCCCGUUAAUAUUUUUCUCCGUCUUCCAAGGUCAUCACUCCUACACUCAACACUGUAGCUCUCAUGGCGACCUCCUUCUCUCCUGCAACUACCCUUAAACCCAAGCAAAACCCUCUUCAAAUCAUCCUCUCCUUUCGAGAUUCAUCUGGUGGAGGACCGGUUUGCGCCAAAUGUAGGCCGAAGAGAGUUAGUAUUGUUACAUGGAGCUCAGCCGCUAGCUACGUGAGACUUCAGGAUGGUAUUGCUAAGUUUUCUGGAAAGCCUAUUCUUACCAAGCAUGUGUCCAAAAGGAGAGGUGGCACUGUUAGAGCUGCUACAAUUGAAGAAAUAGAAGCAGAGAAAUCGUCCAUUGAGAAAGAUGUUAAAGAAAGGAUGGAGAAGACGAUUGAAACUGUGCGAACCAAUUUCAAUUCCAUUAGGACAGGACGAUCAAACCCAUCCAUGCUUGACAAAAUUGAGGUGGAGUACUAUGGAACACCAGUUACCUUGAAGAGCAUUGCUCAAAUCAGUACUCCUGAUGCAAGUUCCCUCAUGAUCCAGCCAUAUGACAAAUCCAGCUUGAAGGCUAUAGAGAAAGCAAUAGUCAGUUCUGAUCUUGGAAUGACACCAAACAAUGAUGGUGACGUUAUAAGAUUGUCCCUCCCACAAUUAACAUCAGACAGAAGGAAGGAAUUGUCAAAAGUUGUAGCAAAACAGGCCGAGGAAGGAAAAGUGGCUUUGCGGAAUAUACGAAGGGAUGCUCUAAAGGCCUAUGAAAAACUUGAAAAGGAGAAAAAACUCUCUGAAGAUAAUGUGAAGGACUUGUCGAGUGAUUUGCAGAAACUGAUAGAUGAGUAUAUGAAGAAGAUUGAGACCAUUUUCAAACAGAAAGAGAAGGAGUUGCUGAAAGUAUAGUGUGAUUGCCAAUAAAGAUGUAAAUGCUUGAGCUUUGGCUGGUGAACUUGGAACUGGCCCCUAAUUUUUUUAUUUGCCAAUUACUUGUAUUAUUACCUGCUUGUUGUACUGGAUUAAGAAAGAGAUCUCUUUCCAAAGGUGAAACCCCUUUCAUUCA